CCGCGCGCCCUCGUCCUGCCCGCGCUGCCCGGCUCCCGCUGUGGCUGCCGCCCCAGCUCGGGCGCACCAGGGCUCUGCAGCCUCGCGGUCGCGCGCUGGGGGCUGCGGCAGGUGACCCGGGGCCACCGGAGGCGCGGUGGCCCUGAGCCUGGCCGCCAUCCAUGAGCCUCGCUUCGGACCUGCUCCAGGCCGGCCACCCCGGAUCUAGUUCCGUCAUCCGUGUCUAACUCUGGCCAUGGGGAGGAAGCUGGACCUGUCCGGCCUGACAGACGAUGAGACGGAGCACGUUCUCCAGGUGGUACAGAGAGACUUCAACCUUCGCAAGAAGGAGGAGGAACGGCUGAGUGAGAUGAAGCAGAGGCUGGCUGAGGAGAACAGCAAGUGCAGCAUCCUCUCGAAACACCAGAAGUUCGUGGAACGCUGCUGCAUGCGGUGCUGCUCACCGUUCACCUUCCUGGUCAACGCCAGGCGCCGCUGCGGGGAAUGCAAGUUCAGCGUCUGCAAGAGCUGUUGCUCCUACCAGAAGCGUGAGAAGCUGUGGGUCUGCUGUGUCUGCCAGCAAGCCAGGCUCCUGAGGACACAGUCCCUGGAAUGGUUCUACAGCAACGUGAAGAGCCGCUUCAAGCGUUUCGGCAGCGCCAAGGUCCUGAAGAACCUGUACAGGAAACACCGUCUGGAGAGCGGAGCCUGCUUUGACAUCCUAGGAGGAGGGCCGUUUGAACCAAACCUGGAGAAUGAAGGGAGCAUUUCCGGAAGUGACUCGGCGUUCUACAGGCAGUCGGAAGGACACAGCAUGAUGGACACUUUGGCCGUCGCCCUGCGAGUGGCAGAAGAAGCCAUUGAGGAAGCCAUUUCCAAAGCAGAAUCCCACGGGGACAGCCUGGACAAGCAGAAUGAGGCCAGCUACUUACGGGACCACAAAGAAGAGCUGACUGAGGAACUGGCUACCACCAUCCUGCAGAGGAUUAUCAGAAAGCAGAAGAACAAAGCUGAGUCUCCAGCGGAGGAAGAGGGACCAGAGUGGUCGCCGCCACAGAGUGGAGGUGUGAAGGCCACGGAUGAGGGGACCCCAGCCCCUCCAGGACCACACCGGGCACAUGCCACCCUCUGGCGGUCCCAGUCUGCAUUCUCCUUCACCACAGAAGACGCUCUGAAGACCUGUUCGGCAGAGGCUGCACCGAGGCCGCCCAGGGAGCGCAGCCGGCAUCUGCUGGAGGAGUCCGCUCUGCCCAGCUGGAAGAGCGUGGACGGGCUGGACGGAACAAGUCUAGCCCCAGUUUUGCAGAGCCCUGAUGGGAACUGGAUGGCCUUGAAGGAUGAUGGUACUCGGCCCCUAAGCCACCUGCUGGCCAAGCCAAAGAGUGGGACCUUCCAGGCCCUGGAGGUGGCGUCCAGCGUGACGUCUGCCUAUGAUGAGAUGGGUUCCGACAGUGAGGAAGACUUUGACUACGGUGAGGCCUUGAGUGAGCUGUGCCCACUGCCCCGGGGCAGACCCGAGCAGUGCCAGCCUCAGCCUGCACAGGCUCAGUGUUCCGGCCAAGGUCCCUUAGCCACCUCUCCCUCAAACCCUGAGGCCAUGGGCUCCGAUUCAGAGACUUCUAGCUCGUCUCGGGAAGCCGGACGCCGGGCUAGGCUGUCCUGGCUGCAGAGGAAGGCCCCCAGGACCCCCACGGCAGAGAAGAUGCACCGCCAGGGGGAGCUGGACGUGAACUUCAACCCCCAGGCGGCCGGUGUGGAGACAUCAGACAGUAGCGAUCAGGAAGAGGUGUCCCACACCGCAGACCGCCGGGCCAGGAGUUGGAGAAGGGCCCGAGUGGACCCAGAGGAGCCAGACAGGGGGCUGUCUUCGCUAAGUGCCCAUCCACAGGGUCUACACACCCCUCAGGGUCCAGGUGACGUUCCACCCCUCACCGUGAAAGAAAAACUUGAAUCCUCGGCUGUGUGCAUCAAACGGCAGAAUGGGAUGAGUCUCACAAGUGAACCUCCCUGCCGGGUGUCAGACAACGUGUCAGAGACUGACAUCAGUAACGAGGCUCAGAAUUCCCGGACCAGCACAGACUCUGCAGAGGAGAAGCUGAGGAACAGAUUGUACGAGUUAGCCAUGAAAAUGAGCGAGAAGGACACUUCUUCUGGGGAGGAGCAGGAGUCUGAGCCCAAGACUGAACCCGAGACCCAGAAGGGAAACCUGUCUUGUGAGGAAACCAGCCAGGGUGUGCAGGAGGAGCUGAAGAAGAAGUGUUCUGCUGUUUCUCUCUGCAACAUCUCCACAGAAGUCCUGAAGGUCAUCAACGCUACCGAGGAGCUGAUUGCAGAGUCUGCAGGGCCCUGGGAGAUCCCCCCAGUCCCAACUGACACAGACAUGGGGAUGUUUCCUCUUGGGACAGACCAAGUGAGGCUGGACAAGCAGCUGACGUCCUUGGAAGAAAACGUGUACCUGGCCGCGGGCACCGUGUACGGGCUGGAGGGCCAGCUGAGCGAGCUGGAAGAUGCUGCCCGCUGCAUCCACGGCAGCACAGGAGAGACGGAGCUGGCAGAGCUGGAGGACCAGGUGGCCGCAGCCGCAGCGCAGGUGCACCAUGCUGAGCUGCAGAUCUCUGACAUCGAGAGCCGGAUUUCAGCCCUGACCAUCGCUGGCUUGAACAUAGCGCCCUGUGUGCGUCUCGCGAGGCGACGGGACCAAAAGCAGAGGAACCAGGUGCAAACUAUAGACACAUCGAGGCAGCAGAGGAGGAAGCUGCCCGCUCCUCCUGUGAAAGCUGAGAAGAUGGAAGUGUCCUCUGUAACCCCCAUUAAAACAUUUAACCGCAACUUCCUUCUCCAAGGCUCCUCCACGAGCAGGCCCUCGGAAAGGCACGGUGACACCAAGGACGUGAUGGAGCCUGUUCUGGAGUCUGCCGUGACGCACUAACCACGGAACUCCACAGCCAGUGACCCACUGCCUCCGGCCGUACACGACAGUGCCUUGACCCAACAGCCAUCGAGUACUGUGUGGAUUUCCACUGAGGCAAGGGCCUGGGGAGGCCGCGGUGCAUUGCUGCACAGGGCUGUCUCGAUACCUCACCCAGAAGGCCAUCUCAGUCUGCAACACUGAGGUCCUACCCACUCUCUGCCUUAGGCUCCCAGGGGAAUCUAAGACCGAAUAUCCAGACGCUGGCUUCCAAUAGCAGGGCUCUGUGUUCAAAAGAUGCAUUGUGCCUGUUUAAUUUGUUCCUGUGUGCUGUCUUCGCUGUCCCUGUGUGGUUUUUAAUCUCUUUUUAUCCCUACCAUCAGUUCAUCCAAUGGAAAACCCUGGAGAGGAGGAGCUCCAGGGAAGGAAGGGAGGGAGGAAGGAAGGAAGGGAGGGAGGGAGGAAGGAAGGAAGGAAGGAAGGAAGGAAGGAAGGAAGGAAGGAAGGAAGGAAGGGGGAUAUUAUCCUUCCUUGCUUACUCUUGCUUGUCAUCUCCUAACAGAUGCUAAGAGCAGGGGGCACUAGAAAAAAAAUCUCACAGCAGUGCUCAGCCACCUCCAGCUAAGCUCCCCGUGCCCACCCCUCACCUCCAUCACGGUCCUUCCUGUGGCCUGGCAAUCGGCAGCCACAGAAUGAAAAGCUCCGACCCACCCAUGCCACACCCAGGUCUCUUUCAAACCAUGUCUCAUUUCGAAUUUAGGGUUCUUGCAUGUGUUUACUCAGGGGGAGAGGGGCCUAAGGAAUGCCGUUAUUCGUCUUAACUUGCCGGACACUGUUCAGGGUCCUUGUGAAGUGGCCUGGCCAUGACCGACAUUGAGAUGAAAUUUGGGUAAAUGAACCAUUGCAAAAGGGGACUACGCAAGGAAAGUGUUCCGUUCUCCAAAAUCAUGUCUCCCGCUGAACUCAUCGAGACUCAGAUGCAGCACCAGUGAUGAUGGUGGUUAGGACGUCACCUUAGGGAAAAGCAGUGUAGACUGGGAGGGACACACAAGAGGCGACCCUAGCUCCACAUCCAUGGUCUGUCUCAGGGGAGAGGUUGGCCUAAAUGCAUGAAUAUCUAAAUGUAUUUAUUCACACAAAUGGAGCUUACACUCCCCCGGACUCCCUGGAUACUUGUAGCCUGUCUUUAAUGCUGGCUUCCAGGAUAUUCUGAAUCACGGAGUGACGGUGGGGUCGGGAGCAAAGGCAGGAUGCCAGGCAGUGAGUGGCCAUUGGGUGCCGGCUCUGCAGGACACAAUCUUCUCAGUUUGGUCUAGUGUCCCUUUCCGGCAGGCCUAUGGGUUUCCCAGAAUCCACAACCAAAGGUCAGACCACCGAACCUGCUGAAGCCAUAUGUGUGAGGCUGGCUCUGACUGCAAUGCCCCGGCCCCAAAAGUCCAGCUCCGUUGUUUCCAUGUCCGUGUUCUCUUGCGAGUUCCCCCCUGUGCUGUACGUACGUGCGCCAUGGUUGCUGGUGGGGGUCCUCGCGUCUCCACGACGCUCCUGCUGUUACCCCAGAGAAAGGACUCCAUGGAAAUAGUAAACCUUUGGCAUUUUGUCCGGUGGGUAUGGUUCACACUAAAACAAAGUUGAAAAAACACAACAACAAAAAGACCUGACUUCCAAGUAGAACGUUUUCCUUAGGAGGCAUGAGUCUGCCUUUGUGCUAACAGUGUUAAAAUACUCAGUUUUCUUUUGAAAAAAGUGUGUACUCUGUAAGCCUUGCAAAAAAAAUAAUGAAGAAAAAGCCUGUUCUAUGGCAUCUGAACUUUUAUAAAGGCUUCCUUGUGCCAAAUAAGUACAAAGAUUUAAUUUACUAUUUAAACCAUAAACAUGCUAUAGUUCCAGAAAAUUAUUUUGUCAUCCAGUGAUUUUGAUCUUUAGUGUCAAUAUUUAUAUUUAGAUUAAUUUUUAUAAAUGAAAUAUUUUGAUGGUCUAAGAAAAUGAGGACAAAGGGGAUAUAUCUCUGAUGGCUUCUUGGGGUAAUGCCUUCGUGUCUCACACACUCGGCCAAGAAUCACUGUCAAAAGAAAUGACCACGACCGAGCAGUAAAAGUCACUUAAGAAAAUCA